UUUAACAAUCUCUAAUGUAAUCAUUAUGCAAAAGGUAUCUUUCAUUUAACCAUAUCGUCUUAGGCAUGUGAGAACACUAUGAUAGCCCAUCAAUGGAAAUGUUGACAAUACAAGUGUUCCAUAACCAUGGCAUUCAUUUACAGAGAUUUCCCUGUUCCCAAUACGGUUAUGGGAGCUUUAUAAGUCCAGUAUUUUCUAUCCUAACCUACACUUACACCAAGAUACCACCCCCUUUAUGAAAUUCGGACAACCACCAAUCCUGAAAUUUGAGUAAAUUAAUAUUUACAUAGUUGUAAAGAGUGCGCCAAUCAUGCGCCACGGACGCAGAUGGAGGCGGGACUGGGUUUGAGGUUUAGUCGAAUUUAUGUUGGCACCACACGUCCAAUAAAAGGUUCGACGAAAGGAAAAUGCUAUUACCAUACUACUACAGGAGUUCUGGCUUGUGCGAGAAACCUUCCUGGAACGUCUCAACGACUUGUUUUUGGAAAUCUAAUGGACUAUAAACCCUCAGAUUCGAAAACAUCAAUAUUUGUUCUUCUUCAGGAGAGUCGCACCUGCUUGAUCCAACAUGAGGUAUUUGGAUCAGAGUUUAGUUGACUACUAUAGUACUAUCAGAGAGAAUAUCAGUUGGUAGGUUACUUGCCUCGCAGGGCGGAAUAGGACCGUUCUUUGCUGAUGCGUAACUAAGGUCCAAUCUUUCGAAUACCGCCACAGACUACACCCUUUCUGCAGCUCUGAACUGAAAUUCCUUUAGACCUGUGAUGUAUAUUAAUUGGAUGUAAACCCUGUUCAUCUCGUGGCGCAUGAUCCUCAACAGCCUGCCUAUUCCCCGCGCGCGUGAAUCGUUAAAACGUGGUGAGGUGGUACGCUUUACUUAGCCAAUCUCAACGGCUACACUGGGCAGUACUUUUGACUAACUCACAUUUGAAUGAAUUCAGCAGUAACAGUCGGGUUAUUCUGGAACCCAGACCACAUACAGCCGACUGUCUCAUUUCAUCCCGUGAAGAGACUGAUGAUGACGGAGAACAGCGAGAUGGAGACCGAGACGCAGCUCCAACGCUCGCCAAGCAACAUGUCCAUCACACCGGUGUCCAAGCUCCAGCGUCUGAAGCGCUCCCUCUCCUUUAAGACCCUGAUGCGUAGUAAGAGUGUGGAGAACUUCUUCCAGAGGUCCUACAGUGACGCCCGUCUCCCCCCAGACUUCAUCACCGACCCGCCACCCCCCUCCCCGCCCCCUGGCUCUCCCCUCGCCAGUGAAUGCUCACCCUCCCGCUCUCCGUCACUCAGCCCCAACCCCUCCCUCUGCUCCCACUCCCCAUCUCUAAGCCCCUCCCCCUCGCUGUCUUCCAAGGCCCCGCCCCCAACCCGCCCACUGACGCUGGUGAACCACUGCUUCCAGGAGCACAUUUUCCGCAAGCCCACCCACUGCCAGCUCUGCAAGCACCUGAUCGUGGGUAACUCUAAACAGGGUCUUCGGUGUAAAACCUGUAAGAUGGGUGCUCACCUGUGGUGCACCUCAGAGUUGUCCCAGCAGCCCUGCAAUGGAAAGUCUGGGGUCGGGGCCUUCAAGCGGAACUUCAGCUCUCCCAUGCUGGUUAACGAACAGCUGGCUGUCGUCAAGGAGGUGCUGCCCACCCAAGGGGCAGGCCGGGGGCGUGGGGUGGACCCUAUUUACGCAGCCCUGCGCUAUGGGACGUCCCUGGCACAGAUGAGCCGCUCCAGUUUUGGGAGCGUGUCCGAGUCGCCCACGCACAGCCAGGGUGAAGGAGGAGAGGAGGGGGAGCAGAGGCAGUACAGCAUGGAGGAGGAGAUGCCACAGGAGGCAGGGGAUCUGCCUCCGUGUGAAAACGAGAAGGCGGAACCUGAGGGUGGGGACAGCGAGCAGCUCCAGGAGCCUGUAGAGGAAACCAGUGUGAAGGUUCCCAGGCGUAUUGAGGUUCACUCCAUCCACACGUAUGUAGCGCUCUUCAAGUUCCUGCCUCAGGAGCACAACGACCUCGGACUAGAGCCUGGUGAUCGGGUGCUGGUCACUGAUGAUUCUAAUGAAGAGUGGUGGAAGGGAAAGAGUGGAGACAAGGUGGGCUUCUUCCCUGCUAACUUCGUUCAGAGGGUGCGCCCAGGGGAGAGGGUGUGGAGGGUCACCCAGCCUGUCCCUGCCAGCCGAGGGAUGGGACACAUGCCAGUGAAGGAGGAUCAGAUCUGUGUGGGGAAGAGUGAGGACAAUGAGGGUUUCCUGAAACUGAGCAGUGGGAAGAAGAGAGGACUGGUCCCUGUUGAAUCCAUUGAGGAGAUCUAACCUCUGUCUCAACACCAGCCCCCAGUCUCUCUCUGUCCAGCACCCUGUAACCUCCCCACACACCCCUUUAAGGCCUGAGGAGGACCCACCAGUCCGGAGGUCCUCCAACACCACCAUCAUGAGGCCCACCUCCCUACUAAACUGAGUGGGGAGCGUUGACAGUUCAGCUUGUGAAUUCCUGGUGAUGUGGAGGAUGCCCCAGCCUUGUCCUUGCUGACCUUGUCUCCUCCACCCCAAUGUAGCUGACAACCCGGACAUGAAAGUGUUGGUUUCCCUUCCCCAGUGGGUUGGCCUAGGUGUUGUGGAGGACUAUCUAAGCCCCCAAUGCCCCAUGUUUUCCUGCUGUAAUGUACCUUUGUGUAUUAGUGAACUGGGUUUAUCUGUAGUCCACACCACAGGGGUACGAGUUUUAGGACUGAAGGACUGGCUGCUGUGGACUCCAGUAACUUCCCUCAGGAUGGAAGGAACUUUGAGACUAUUUUCUGUCUGGUGAGUCUGGUCUCUCUGUGUGUGAUUUGACCAGUUCUUUUUCACUGUCCUCUGUGGCUGGAUAUCAUGAGGCUGAAGAAUGCGGGAUUAAGGCCGUCGCAUAAUAUCCAGUCGAAAAGUGGCGCUCCGUUUCGCGCAUAUAUAAUGACUCAAAUGUGUGCUGUUUUUGUCGGUUUUGGUGUUUGGCAGGUUUUUUUUUUGCCUGUUCGCUCAAACAACAUUUUGUAUUGGGGCAAGUUGAAGUUCGGUAGCCGACGUCUACGCCCUUUCGCCUGUAAUUGGUCAACUGUAGUGUUUUCAAAUGAAGGUCUUUAAGGGCGUAUGAGAGCACAGUCGAGCGCGCACACCUAGCCGAGUUCUGCUAGGCGUAAACAGAACCUAGUAUUAGUAUACGUUACCUUAGUCAGGUACUUGUGUUGUGUGUGGGAGUUCCUGUUCCUGUUCCUGUUCCUGGACACUUCAUAGAAGAAAACAUUUGUUCUUUCUCUGAUGUACUAGAACAAGCGUCACACUCCUGAUGACAUCAUCACAGGUGGACGCCUACUAUGAUCAUAGUAAUUCAUUUACACGGUGACCGUGAAGGAGAUAAUUGCAUGCUGAAGGAUGUACUUGUUUGAAUGCCCGGUGUCAGUGAGAUGUUCAGGAGACUGGUGAUGGUUGUAGGUGUAGGUGCUUGCAUUUUCUCUCAUCCUUUCGUUUGGUCCACCUUCUCUCUCUCUCUCUUUCUUUCUCUCUUUCACUAUCUCUCUUUCUCUCGUCUCUCUCUCCUUCCAUCUUUCUCAGCUAUACAUUGGUCCCUUGGCUGGGAUUUGACAUCAUCUUGAUUUAGACUGGCACAAAACGUAACUGCUCUGCAAGGACGGAUGGGCGGGCAGGCGGGCGACACUGGGCAGAGUACACCCUGGUCAGACCAGACAGCCAGCAGAGGACAGGACAAACUGGGUUUAUUUCGACACACUCUCUCUCAGAUCCUGACUCACCGGCUGACUCACUAACAUUCGACCUCGCACUUGACAGGUUCCAGAAGGUCAUGGAUGAAAGCCCCGUCCUUCUAUUGUACAGCUGGCGAAUCAAUCAAACACUUCAAAAAAUCUGUUUUUCUAUGUCCUAUUUAUGAAAAAUACAAGAGAUUCAAUUAGAUUUGGGCGGUGAAUACUUACAUAAAUAAUUCAAUGUUUUUUUUGUUCUGAAUAGCCUGGACUGUAUAAAACAUCUAUGAAUAGAGCCAUUGCUAAAAAAAAGAAACAAAUUGAGCAACAACACCAUUUUUUUAAACUGCUCUAAAUUAGUUUCAAUUUUCUGGACAAUUUAGCAGACGGGCCGUGGAAGACUUGGAAAGUGUGUUCGUGUCUUUUGGCUCGUCUGUUUGGUCCACCACUGGUAAACAAACAACAGCCAAGAGCCAGUCGGCUGGAAAACCACAUGAACAGACUUUGUAAGUGUGACAACCGAACAUGGUCCCGCUGGUCUGAGGGACAGGGAGCCAGGGAUAUGGAGGGACAUGGAGAGGAGUAGACAAAAGGGGUUGACCCAGGUGUAGAACCAUCAUAAAUCAAUGUGUCUGUAUGCAGGUUUCUUUGUCUAUGGACGACCAAUUCAACAUUGAUCAAAUGUCAGUCUCUCGCUCUCUCUCUCCAUUCCCCUCUCUCUUUCCCUCUGUCUCUGACACUAUUGGGCAUUUUUGCUGCUAGUGGGAAGGGUGGCUGGACUGAUGUAUUGUACAUGUAGAUGUAAGCACGUUUAAUGAUAGGAUAAUGGGUUGGAUUUCAAUGUUUCCAUAAUGUAUUGAUUAUUUAUUGAUUUAGACAGAUAUCUAUCUACUUGCUGAGUUGCAGCACGUAGCUGUCACACUGGUGGCAUUAAUAACAUGUCCCCUCCCGCUUCCUGUAAUAUAAGAAUACAGUAUAUACAGUAAGACAUCUGGAGAGUUAAAGUAUGAUGAUGAUGAACAUAUUGGGUGCGUUAGUAAAUUCAAUCUGGAGUGCCAGAGUGCGCUCUGGGUGUUCGUGAAUUCAGAUUGUUGGUCAGAUUGUCUGAUCGUAAAUUCAGAGCAUUUCGCUCUCGAAGCGUUCAGCGCUCACAUUGGACGAACUGGCCAAGGAGGAGGCUUGAUUCGAGUGUUCAGACCUCAUAAAGGCAGUCCAGUACCCAAGCUAACUGGCUAACGUUGGCUAGCUUGCUAGCUACUUCCAGAAACAAAUGAGAGAGUACCUCACUUGGACCAGUUUACUCGAUCUAGCAGAGCUGGUUAGGCUGUUUUCAUGUUAUCUGGAGCGUUGGUGACUGUAACUGUGCUGCUGGCAACAAUUUAAGUAUGCUUUCUUUGGCGACGUUUACUCACACCGGCCAUAUUCAACGGGUGUUGAGCGUUCGUAAAUUGAUCAGUUAUACUCUGUCACACUCAGACGAGAGUGCUCUGAAAUCAGAGUAGACAGGCAGAGUGAAUUUAUGAGCGCACCCAUUGUUUCAUGUUUUGUUCCUCACAUAGUGCAUGGUAAUAUGAUCAUCUUUGAGUCUAUAUCCGCUGUGUCUGUGGAUGGAUGAUGUGUCACAGACUGUGAUGAAUAUUGUUUCUUCCUUCCGCUGGGGCCAUGUGUUCCUAUGUGUAGCAUGGACUUCUCUGGUCCUCACAGUCCCAGACCAGGAGCUAUACCCAGCCACUGGGUAUACAGCUGGAGGAAUUGUUUGUUAGCUUAUUCCUUGCCAAAUUUUCACACAAGAUGUACAUUUCCGGUAGGGUUCGUGUAGACCGAGAGUCUGUCAUCCUUUGUGGACCCUGUUUGAUUCGCUCUUCGUGUAGCAUUUCUGUGUACAGGCUCUGACCUUGUUUCCCAGUUGCGAUGUAACUUGAGCAUUACGAUGAUUUUACCAGAUGCAUCGUUAUUCACAAACCAAUUUUGGUCAUGAAGUGUUUUGUUCCUCACUCAGUGGGGAAAGUUGGGCACCAUCAGUAAAUUACACAAUAUUGGGACAUUAAAACGUGAAUAGCUCCAAAUUUGAAUGACUUAAAAACCUCAAACCAAUUGUAAAAAUGUAUAUACAAGUAUUGAAAGCGUUUAACCUUUUACUGCAGUGAGCUAAAUCAGGGUCACACUGAGUGUUUAUUGGUAGUCUUCAAAAAUCUACUUUGAAACAAAGUAUACACCUCACACACAUGGUUAUGGGCUUUAAAAUAGGAAGACACCUUGACCAUGUCAGAUAAAGUUGAAAUAUGUUCAAUUUUGAGUUUGCAUCCCAAUAUUACACUUGGUUUACAUCACAGAGUACUGAAAUAUAACAAAACUGUUUGACAUAGAAACACCAGAUUUUCGGCAGUUAAAAAAAUGUAUAAUGUUGAUGAAUUAUGAAAUGAUGAAAAAUAUUAAUAACAUUCCACCCAUGAGGCCACUGGGUCAUUUGGCUGCAUGAAAGAGCUACUGAGACAACCAAAACAAUAUGAAUAACAUUCCACCCAUGAGGCCACUGGGUCAUUUGGCUGCAUGAAAGAGCUACUGAGACAACCAAAACAAUAUGAAUAACAUUCCACCCAUGAGGCCACUGGGUCAUUUGGCUGCAUGAAAGAGCUACUGAGACAACCAAAAAAAUAUGCACGUGAAUUUAUUGUUCCAUUUACAUUGUGUAAUUCAAUGACAUCCCUAACUAUCCCCAGAGAUAGGCUAUCUAAAGCCAAACCAAUCUUCGCCCGAUCGCACACCAGCCAGCUGAAGCUAAUUGGCUAAAUAAUUUGGCUAACUAUUCCCACCUGUGAACUCACCCACAUUAAACCACACCCCGAAACCAACUCACGUUUGAAUUCAGCCAUGGCCGCUAGCAUUUAUUUACGAACCAAAUCGAAAACGAGGCCAUAUUGGGAAGUGCAGUCGCCCUUUAAGAGUGUUUCCCAAACAAAAAUGUUGCGAGGCAUAACGUUUGGGUCGUUAGACCAUGUGUCAACACUGAUUGGAUCAAAAUAAAAACAGCACUCUCAAAUCAGCUUUCUCCAUUCAAAUCUUACCUUAACAUUAUAAUUAUCCCACAAUCCUGACAAUGGAUCACCUCCUAUGAGAUAUUACCACCUACAGUAUGGCUACAAAUAGGCUAUUGAUGCAGGCUUAUUAUGCUUCCUCAAUAUUAAUGCACUAAAUCACAGAGUGGGCACUUAAUUGCGCAAGUGUUGUCACACAUCAUGAAACACAUUGAGGCAAAAAAUUACAGAUUACUAUGCCUUGUGGAAAAAUAGAACUCUAUUGAUUGAACAUUACAUUCAUUUCAGUAUGAUUGAAAUAGGCUACAUGGCCUAUAUAGGCUUUGUGUCUUUUAAAGCAGUCAUCGCGCUUUUCAUUUGAAGCAUAAUUGUAUCCUUGACCCGUGUGUAACACAUACUUUGGUAACUUUGUAUUCGUAGUUAACUUCGUUUUGAAGUUGUCACAGUCAGACAGAUAGAACCAAGAUGUUUAGGCUGUGUUAAGCAGAGAGCUGUGAAUAAAGUGACGCAAAGGGGCACUUUGGGCACGAGUGGCCUGCGAAAGGUUUUUAAGAGCCACGUUACUAACGAAGGCUCUGGGAAAACAACUCGGCUACUGAAGACACAUCGUAAGAAAGUUCUAACGAUGAUCUAUCAAGAUGAAGGCUCUGGGAGACAAGGCUCUGCACAGUAAGUGUAUGUUUUAGUGUGUGUGUGUGUGCGGGAUACAGCCUUAGUUAAUAUCACUGGAAGAACACAUGCCUCAAUAAAAAAAAUCUUUAUCCUCGAAUGAAA